AUGUAUUCAACUCGCAGCGCAGCCAACCGACUAGCACGGCACAACAGCGGAGAGCGUUCCUGGAACCCGUACCAAAUGUUCGGCCCAAAAGCACACAACCGAUCGAACUCUAUGCAGCUCGAGAGUGGGCUAACCCAUUGCCGGAGCAUGGGUGACCUCCCAGCAGACCAGCAUCGCCGGGAGGAAAUGAAUGCCGGCAUUAGCGCCCCGGAGUACUCAAACACGUUUCCAGCAGAGUUCGCUGGUAGCGACCAUGAAACACACAAGUCUCCGCCUGAACCGUCCAUGGCUAGCCAGGAUCCGAUCAACGUUUCGUCUGUGCGCGGGAUUGAUACCGAGACUAUCGGAUCAACGCAAACGCGUCAGCGGAAGGGUGGGAUCUUGGGUAAGUUUAGGCAUCGCCAUGAUGGUGAUGAGUUGGAGGAUAAGAAGCCACAUCAGAAGUUCACUUUUGCUUCGCAAAUAAGGUCUACUCUCUUGAACUCGUGGAUCAAUGUUCUUCUAGUUGCUGCGCCAGUUGGAAUCGCGCUUUAUGCCGUUGGGGCCAACCCGAUUGCGGUCUUUGUGGUUAAUUUCAUUGCCAUCAUUCCCCUUGCUGCCAUGCUCAGUUUCGCAACUGAAGAGAUUGCCCUUCGCACGAGUGAAACAAUCGGUGGUCUACUAAAUGCGUCAUUUGGCAACGCUGUCGAGCUGAUUGUCGCAAUUAUUGCACUCAUCCAACGCAAAACCCUCAUCGUGCAGACUUCGCUCAUCGGAAGCAUUUUGUCAAACCUGCUCCUGGUGAUGGGCAUGUCCUUUUUCCUUGGUGGCAUUCCUCGCGUAGAGCAGAACUUCAACGUCACGGUUGCCCAGACAGCCGCGAGUAUGCUUGCAUUAGCUGUCGGCAGUUUGAUUAUUCCCACUGCCUAUCAUAAGUGGUCUAAUCGUGAAAAAAUAGAUGGGACCGCCGCUCUAUCCCGAGGCACUAGUGUACUCCUUCUGAUCGUGUACGGCUGCUACCUCUUCUUCCAGCUGAAGUCGCACGCCGAUAUGUACAACCGACCCAGCGAGAAGGUCGAACGGCGACACGUAAAGGUCGGUGAAGGUGACGCCAGCCGCGGCAUUGCCCAAAUUGGCAAAAUGACUGCCGUCCCGUUGGUCGGACAGAACGCGGACCACAUGCAAAUGGAGGAUAACGAUGAUGAACCUGAGGAGCCGCAGCUAUCUGUUGUGACUGCCAUCCUCACGCUGAUCAUCUCGACAGCGUUUGUUGCUGUGUGUGCUGAGUUCAUGGUUGACUCCAUCGACGCUUUAACGGCUACCGAUAACAUUGGCGAGACGUUCGUCGGGUUGAUACUUCUGCCUAUCGUUGGUAAUGCGGCUGAACACGCUACGGCGGUGACAGUCGCAUGCAAGGAUAAGAUGGAUCUUGCCAUUGGUGUUGCAGUCGGAUCCAGCAUGCAGAUUGCACUGCUUGUGCUGCCGCUAAUUGUGGUUCUUGGGUGGAUCAUUGGCGUUGAGGAGAUGACUCUCAACUUCGAUGGAUUCCAGGUCAUUGUGCUGUUCGUGUCUGUUCUAUUAGUCAACUACCUCAUUGGUGAUGGCAAGUCUCACUGGCUCGAGGGUGUCUUGUUGAUGAUGAUGUAUCUCAUUAUCGCUCUUGCGGCUUGGUUCUUCGUUUAA